CUCCGUCGCGACGUUCGGACGUAGAAACGCAAAGAAAACGGCAGUUUGCUGGAAAAAUUUUGCUCCGUGAAUUUUAAUUAAAUUUAAAAUUGCUGCAAAACCGCCAAGUGUGUACGUACAAGAGACGCAGACGAAGUAACGCGCCGGUUAGUCGUAAGAAGUGCAUGUUUCAUCAGAAUGUGAAUAGAAAGUUGGCACAGCAUACAAGAAAUUGCAGUAAAUAAUAACACGCACACACACAACAGCAAAACAACGAAAAAUGAAAAAGUGCCGCAGAAUGCGUAUUUGUGUGUGUGCUGAGUGCAUUCAAAAUAGAUAGAAAAUACAUAAAAUAUUAAAAGAAUUAAAAUUAAUAAAAAAUACGUGUUAUAAUUAAUUGCAAAUGUGCGUUUUUGUUCUGCGAUUAAACGCCAAAAAUUUCAAGUAGCUGCAAACUGCAACAGCUGCAAAAUCAACAGCAAAAAUAAAAGUGCACUCAAAAUAAUAAUUACAACAACAACAACAAAGAGCAACGCAAUUUGUGUCUCUGUGUACGUGCCUGUGUCCGUGUGUAUGUGUAUGUGUAUGUCUCUCUCUCACUGUAUCUAUUGUCAUAUAAGAAGAAUCAAUACAACAACAACAACAUCAACAACAAGAGCAGCAAAAAAUCCAAUCAAAGCAAAUGUGCAACAACAUACAAAAUACUUAACAUAUAUAUAAAUAUACAUAUAUAUGUGUGCAUAUAUAUUUUAUAAAAUUUCCCACACAAUAUCCCAUACAUACAUCUUGAGAAAAUGAGGUGCUGCUGUUGUGCAAAUAUAAUAAGCCAAGAACUAUGACGCAUCAAAAUCACCAGACAAACGGCGCAAGUUUGGAGGACUGCCAUACAAACUUUUAUGCCUUGACUGAUUUGUGUGGAAUUAAAUGGCGCAAGUUCGUUAAUGGCGAACGGCCGAAUGCGUCAAGCGAUCCACUCGCCGAUCCGAUCUUGCGCUCCUAUUCACGAUGCAUGCAGGCGGAUAUGCUGUGCGUUUGGCGGCGCGUUCAAUCCACCAAGCAGGACAACACCGAUCCGAAUGCCUUAAACUUUGAGAUUACCACAUCGACCACUGUCCACCCGCCUCUAUCGCUGGCCGCCGCCAAGGAGCUCUGGAUCUUCUGGUAUGGCGAGGAGCCGGAUCUCAGUGAGCUCGUCGAUGCGGAGCUCCUCAAAAUAGCUGCCAAUCAAUCGCUCUGGAACGGCACUUGGAAGGGCGAGCUGACCUACGAGUGCCGUUCGCUGCUCUUCAAGGCGCUGCACAAUCUCAUGGAGAGAUUUGUGCUGACCAAGGACAUUGUACGCUUCGGCAAAUGGUUUGUGCAGCCGUGCACUUCCAGCGAUCGUCUGUUCGGGCGCAGCUCGCAGCACUUGUCCUUCUCGUUCACGUUCUUUGUGCAUGGCGACACGGUCUGCGCCUCGAUAGAUCUGCGCGAGCAUCCCGCCGUGCGACCUUUGACCAAGGAGCACCUGGCGGAGGCGGCGGCUGCCUUUGCCGCAGCCAGUGGUCAGACGUCGGGCACGGCACGUGGCCAGCAGCCGGAUUCAAAUGGCAGCACAACCUCCUUGCCGGCCGGUUCACCAUUGCUGGACGAGAAGCCGGCGGCGGCGGCGGCGGCAGCGACGCCAACGCCAACGCAGGCGCGCAAAGUGAUGCUGGCGCCGUUUGGAAUUGCGGCAAUACUCACCGGCAACAGCUACAAGGCCAGCGAUCCCAUGGCCGAAAAGAUACUCGAGGAUUGGGCCUCGUUUUUUCCGCUGUGCAAUAAGGACAACACGGAUGUGCCACCCGUCGUUGAGGUGGUAUCGGGUGGUCAUAAGAUGUAUCAUCCCACGAAUUAUGUACUAGUCACGGAUCUGGACGACAUGGAGCACAUGGAGUUUGCCGAGCUGCACAAGGCUAACGAUCAGGCAGCGGCAGCAGCAGCAGCAGCACCUGUCGCAGCAGCAGCAGCGAUGCCAGCAGCGACGCAAGCAGCAGCAGCGGCGGCAGCGGCAGCGGCAGCGAAGGACUCAAGGAAAGCGACAACGCAAGCGAUCAGCGCCUUGGAGCGUCUAACGUUUCAGCCCUACUACGAUCAGCGGCCCACAUCGGGCUUCACCUUCAAUACAAAUAAUACUCAUAUUCCCGCCACGGCGGCCAUCGAAAUGCCGGAGCGUGCCUGGCAGGAUUGCAUCAUGAAUACGCUGCAUGUCGAUGCAGCAGCGGCGGCAGCGGCAGCAGCAGCAGCCGCAGCAGCGGCAGAGGAGGAGGAGAAUAAGCAAACGGAUUCCAAGCAGCACGUGCAGCAGCAAAUCCAACAGCAGCAGCAGCAGAAGCGUCAAAAGCUCUGGAACUUUGUGGAUCCAAUGCAAAAGGCGCCCUGCAUAUGCACCAAACAUCUCAACGUUGGCAACAACAGCAGCACGCCCUGCCAAGCCGGAGGCGGAGGCGCCUCAACAUAUUCACGCAACUCGCUGGGCGAUCCGUCGUCAAUGCCAACGGUCGCCGCCGCCGCCGCCGCCUCCUCGUCGGUGGGUUCGCCCGCAACCCCUGCGCCCUCGCCGCAUCCGCUCUCCAAUUCGGCGCACUCGCAGCCAACCUCGGUGCCGCCCGCUGAGCAACUGCUCAAUAUGAGUCCACAUGCGCCGACAUCCGUUUCGAAUCUGCAGCAGCCGCCGACGCCGAUCGAUCAUCUGCUGGACAAGAAUACGCCGGCGCCAACGCCGACGGAUCAGCACGACAACAAGAGUAUAACCGCCUCGCCGUAUGUCCAUCAGACGCCCAGCGUCGAGCCGCCCACCUAUGCGGAGCAUGGCAACGCCGGAGGAGGCGGGGGGUCUGCCGCGCCUGGCAGUGUGCCACAGCAGCAGCCUGCCACGCCCACGCCGGCAACAACGACAGCUGCGACAGGGGCAGGAGCGGGAGCAGGAGCAGGAGGUGCCACACAAUGCGGUACGAUUAGCGUAAAGAAGCUGGAGAUGCAGAUUCAGCAGGCGCCGCAGGUGCUGGCCAUCAAGCAGGAGCCCGGCCUGGCUCCACGAAUCACCCAACAUUCGCAGCAGCAGCAGGGGCAGGGGCAGCAGCAGGUGCCGCUGGCGAGCAGCGCAAUGGAAGCGGUGACAACUCUGUUCAAUCUGUACAAGCCGCCGCAGCUGACGCUCAAGGAUGGGGACAGCGUCUACGACGAGGAAUGGCUCAAGGAUGUCUACGACUUUAGCUUUCAGGAGACCUGGGACAAUCUGCCCGUGAAGCGGCCCAAGCUGAACGAGUCCGCCAAACAGCGGCGACCACGUUACGCCAAGAACCUGUACGAGGGCCAUACGCACUUCAAGCCGCUGAUGCCCUCGCCCGGCUCCGUCUACGGCCCGCUGCUCUCCAUCGAAGGCAUAGGAGCUGCCGGCGAAGGCAGCUCCGGCGGCAGCGGCGGGCUGGUGGGCAUAGCCGGAGGAGGAGGAGGAGCCUACGGCAGCGCAUCGGAUGAGGCGGACAAUGCGCUCCUCGGUGGAGGAGGCGGAGGCGGCAGCAUCGCUGCGACAACAACUGGCAGCAGUUUCUUCCAGGGCCUGGACAUUAAAACGGAGCCGGGCCUGCAUUCGCCGUGCAAGGAAUCCAAAUCGACGAGCACCGCGGGCAGCGGCAGCAGCAGCGCUGGCAACAAUCUAUUCACCGCCGAAGGCCUCAAUCCCUCACUCAACGAUCUCGAGCAGCUGUUCGAGACGAGCUCCAACGACGAGUGCAGCAGCGUCCAGAUCCAUACGCCGCCCGACUCCAACAAUCCCUCGAAUGGCGGCUGCAGCGCCGUCAGCAACACGAUCGACGAGCUCAAACGGAGCACGGCGGUGGCCAGCGCCGUCGUUGCCGCCGUCGUGGCCAGUUCCGGUGCGGGCAGCAUCCAGGCGGAGGAUCUAACCAAAAUGUUUCCCACGCCGCCGUCGCACGAGCAACAGCAUCCCAACUCGAGUCCCUGCCAAACGGAUGUCGUGAUGACCGAUCUGAGCGUGGACACCAACAACACAAAUGUGGGCCUGGGCGUCGGUCUGGGCGUGGGCGUGGUCCUCAAGAUGGUGAAGCAGGAGUACAGCGUGGAGCUGGGCAGCCCCGUCGAGGAGCCUAUCGACGACUGGAGCUAUGUGUACAGGCCGCCGCAGCAGGAGAAAUUCGUCGGCUCCUCGCGCUACGCUCCGCUCACCAAUCUGCCCAGCCAGACGCAGCCGCCGCUCCAGAUGCCCGCCAACUGUUACUACAAUCCCACCUGGAGCCACAGCCAGAAGUCACGGGCCGCAACCCUCGCCAAGGCGGCCGCCGCGCAGCAGCAGCAGCAGCAACUCCAGAAGCACCAACAGCUCCAGCAGCGCAUCCAGCAGCAUCAGCAGCUCCAGCAGCAACACCAACAGCAGCAGCAGCUCCAGCUCCAGCAGCAGCAGCAGCAGCAACAUAAGCAUCAGCAGCUGCACGAGCUGCUCUCCGCGGGACCGAGGACGCCGAUGAAUGCAGCGAUGCCGUCGCCUUCGACGACGGGGACGGGAACGACGGUGCCGCAGCCGCUGAGCAGCGGCGGCAGCCAGUUGCUACUGAAUCAGCUCAACUGUCCGCAGGCGCCGCCCGGCAGCUCCAUGCAGCAGCUGAUGCAGCGGGCGGCGGCGGGCAUGUCGCCCAUUCCGUCGCCGGGCGUGGGCGUGGUGCCCUUUCCGCGCAGCAGUCCGAUGCAUCUGGGCGGAAUGCGGCAGACGCCGACGCAUCCGCCGCCGCCGUAUCCGUACGAGCUGGCGGCGGCCAGUCCGGCGACAUCCACAUCCUCCUCGCAGUACCUUAACAAGCAGUACAAUUCGCAGGAGCCGCCGGGUCAUCCGCAUACGCCGCAGAGUGUCCAUCACGUCAUGUUCGGGCCGAUGAGUGCGGGCGCAGGAGGAGCGGGCGCAGGAGGAGCGAAUGCCGGGAUGAUGCCCGCUGGCGAUGGCUCCAAGCUGGCCAUGAUGCAAUAUUCCGGCGGAGCCGGCGGCAGCUCAACCGGUUCCUCUGCUGCCGCAGCAGCAGCUGCCGCCGCGAUGAGUCUCCUUCAGGAGUUGCCGGAGGUCAACUCGGUGCUGGUCAAUAUAUUGCUGUACGAUACGGCGCUGAAUGUGUUCCGGGAUCAUAAUUUCGACAGCAGCAGCGUCUGCGUCUGCAAUGCGGAUACCCAGAAGAUUGGCAACAUACGCGGCGCCGACUCGGGUCUCUAUGUCCCGUUGCCCGGCAGCAGCUUUAAUCCCUUUCCGGCGCAGCGUCAUCAUCAUCCGGUGGCCACGCCCUAUAAUCCAUUUGGAGGCGGAGGCGGAGGCAUGCGCAUGAUAAGUGCCUUUGGCGGUGGGCUGGACUCGUCGCCUGGCUGCGCUGCGCUGUCCGGAGCUGGCUCCGUGCACCAUGGCCACGGGCCGAACGGCGGCUCCAGCUCCUCGUCGUGCACUCCGCCCAGCAGCAAUCCGCACAUAACGGGCUAUGUGGACGACGAUCCUGUGGAGUGCACGUGCGGCUUUAGCGCCGUCGUCAAUCGUCGGCUGUCGCAUCGCGCCGGACUCUUCUACGAGGAUGAGCUGGAGAUUACCGGGAUCGUGGACGAUCCGGCCAGGCACAAGCAGCCCACGCUCCUGAGUCUUAUUCAGAGUUUGUGCCGCAAGGGCAACAGCAGCAACAAUAAGCCGGGCAACGAGUCGUCGUCGUCUGGCAAGGAGCUGGAGAAGCUAACGACGACGACCACGACAACGUCCCAGCAGCAGCAGCAGCAGCUGGAGCAGCUGGCGCAUGCGAUAUUCGAUCUGCUGCUGGAUCAGUGCUCGAUUAUCCAGACCUCGAGCAGCUCGGUGCACCGCGCGCUGCAAUCACAUCGCCGUCGCAUGUCCCGGCAGCGCCGGCUCUUUGGCCAGAACAACAACGCUUCGCUGGCGUCGAUUGCGAACGUGUUGGAGUUUACGGAUGCGCACGACGUGGUCAGCCUGGCGCUGGAGCAGGCACGGCUCGCCUUCGAGAGCCAGCGCAUGGACAUAAAUAUGCUCGAAUUCGGACACAACAAUCAUCAUCAGCAUCCGCAUAAUCCUCACCAGCAUCCACACAAUCCUCACCAGCAUCCACACAAUCCUCACCAGCAGCAGCAUCCGCAUAAUCCUCACCAGCAGCAAUCGCAUCAGCUGACGGCAUUCCAGGCGGCGCCCGCCCUGCGCCAGAAGCUCCUCGUGCUGGGCAGCAGUCGCCUCACGGUCCACAAGUGGCCCUAUCUGCCCGUCGGUUUCACCCGGAGCAACAAGGAGAUCGUCCGCACGAUGAACGCCAUCCAGCCGAUGCUGCAGAGCGCCUUCCAUUGCAAGUCGCGCGGCGGCGCCGCCGGCUCCAAGGAUGCCAGCUCCUACAAUACGGUCAGCGGUCCGCUUACCUGGCGCCAAUUCCAUCGUCUGGCCGGACGCGCCUCCGGCCAAUGCGAGCCACAGCCCAUACCCUCAGUUGUUGUCGGUUACGAGAAGGAUUGGAUUUCGGUCGCGCCGCAUUCCAUUCACUAUUGGGACAAGUUCCUCCUGGAGCCCUAUUCGUAUGCUCGGGACGUGGUCUACGUGGUCGUGUGUCCGGAUAACGAGCAUGUCGCGGCGAGCACGCGCACCUAUUUCCGUGAGCUGAGCAGCACCUACGAGAUGUGCAAGCUGGGCCGGCACACGCCCAUCCGUGGCUGGGAGGGUGUCCUGCAGGUGGGCACCGAUCGGGAGGCACCGUUGACUCCUCUGGACGACUGGUUGCGCACCCUGGAUCAUGCGCCCCUGGCCGAGCAGAUCCGACGCUAUGCCGUGGCCUUUCUCUAUCAGCUGGCGCCGUAUCUGAGCCGUGUGCCCGGCGACAAGACGCUGCUCAAUCCGCCGGAUGCCUCCGCCAGUGGCAGUCACUCGACUCACUCGACCAAGGCACCUGGCGCGGCGCCUCCAGCUGCCGAGCAUCCGCAGUCGCAUGCCGAGCCCGUCAUCAAGCUGGAGCCGGGCACGGAGCAGCCGACGCCCGCGACGCAGAGCAGCAACAACAACAGCUCCUCCGGCCAGGAUCAGGACAGCAAGGCGGAUGUCAAGGCGGGCGGCGAUUCGAAGCCCGCUUUGGUGCUGGGUGAUCCACUGGGCAUGGGCGAAACGCUGGAGGACAUCAAUCCGUCGGCCAUCGUCCUUUACGUGGUGAAUCCCUUCACCUUCGCCUCGGACAGCUUUGAGCUGGAACGACUCGCGCUCAUCGCGCUGCUGCGCUGCUAUGCUGAGCUCCUGAAGGCCGUGCCGGAUUCUGUGCGCGCCCAGAUGAACAUCCAGAUCAUCUCGCUCGAAUCCAUCAUGGAGCUGGGGCCGUGCGGCAAUCGGCGCCGCUUCUCGGACGAGAUCAAGUGCCUGGCUCUCAAUAUAUUCUCGCAGUGCCGGCGGCAUCUGGUGCACGCGCAGCCCGUCAAGAGCCUGACGGGCUUCGGCACCGCCGCCAACAUGGAGGCGUUUCUCAAGACCAAGGACGAACCGAACAGGCGUGCCUACAAGAUGUACACCGCGCCCUUUGUCCUGGCGCCGAUGCACGAACGGAACGACAAGACGGACUUCUCCCGCGCCGCCGGCAGCAUGCACGGCCAGAACGAGACGCGUUAUUCCGUAAUGUAUUGCAAUUAUUGCCUGAGCGAGGAUCAGUCCUGGCUGCUGGCCACCGCGACGGAUGAGCGCGGCGAGCUGCUCGAGAAGGUGUGCAUCAAUAUCGAUGUGCCGAAUCGGGCGCGCAGACGCAAGGCGCCAGCACGUUAUGUGGCCCUGCGCAAGCUCAUGGACUUCGUCAUGGGCCUCAUCUCGCAGACGUCGCAGAUGUGGCGUCUGGUCAUCGGACGGAUCGGACGCAUCGGCCAUAGCGAGCUCAAGUCCUGGAGCUACCUGCUCAGCAAGCAACAGCUCCAGAAGGCCUCCAAACAGUUCAAGGACAUGUGCAAACAGUGCACUCUCAUGUAUCCGCCGACCAUUCUGUCCGCCUGUCUGGUCACACUGGAACCGGAUGCCAAACUGCGCGUAAUGCCCGAUCAGUUUACGCCCGAUGAGCGCUUCUCGCAGAUCUCCAUGCAGAAUCCGUUGUCGACGCCGCAGGAUGUCACCUGUACACACAUUCUGGUCUUUCCCACCAGUGCUGUCUGUGCUUCCUUCACACGACAAUUCCAGAACGAGCCGCAGGUGGACGACGACUUCAUCUUUGGCGAGGAGGAGGGCAACGAGGACUUCAGCGAUGCCGAUAUCGGCGACCUCUUCUGGGACUCAGCUCACAUGGAUCGCGUCUCGAAUCACGGCAGCCCGGGACGCAUGGAGGACAAUCGCAGCUGGCAGAGCGCCGGCGGCAACAAUUUCAAAUGCACGCCACCGCAGGAGGUCGAGGAGGUGGGCUCCCUCAAUCAGCAGCCCAUUUCGGUGGGUUAUAUGGUAUCGACGGCGCCGACGGGUCGAAUGCCCGCCUGGUUCUGGUCCGCCUGUCCGCAUCUGGAGGAUGUGUGUCCCGUCUUCCUGAAGACCGCAUUGCAUUUGCAUGUGCCCAACAUUCAGAUAGCCGACGAUAUACUCAACUCGACCAAUGCCCAUCAGUCGGCAAAUGAUCAUCCCCUGGACUCGACCUUAACGGCCGAUGUCCUGCGCUUUGUCCUCGAGGGCUACAAUGCGCUCUCCUGGCUGGCUCUCGAUUCCAAUACACACGACCGACUCUCCUGUCUGCCCAUCAAUGUGCAGACCCUCAUGGACUUAUACUAUUUAACGGCGGCGAUAGCAUAAACGCGCGCGCGCACAACAAGCAAUACACAACACUAGAGAAUUAACAGUAGCAGUAACAGUGACAGUAACACUAGCAGUAACAGUAGCAGUAACAGAGUAACAGUAACAGUCGAUUGCUUCCAAUUGCUGUACUUCCAUAUAAUAGCGAAAUAUCCACAAGUGCUAUACCAAAACAAAGAAACUCCAACAACAACAAAUAAAACACCAAGCAACCAACAACUGAAGUUAACAGUCCAAAAAAAAGAAGAUGAAGUUAAGUAACCAGUAAGAAUAACAGCAGCCGUAACAGUAAUAUUAAAAACAUGAACUGUUAACAGAGUGUAACGCACAGUUAGCGUAAACACAGAGCCUUGUAAUAACAGCCGCCGCCGCCUUACAGCCUUAUCACAGGGUGUUCAAAGUAAGAAGAAGAUGAUGAAGAUGAUGAAGAAGAAGAAAGUAAGAUGGAUUAGCAAUGAGCAAUGAGCAAUGAGAGAUGAGCGAUGAGCGAUGAUUGAUUCGAUAAACCGAACCGAUUAAGUCUUGAGAGUAGCAAAAACAGCAUUACUAUUUAUUAAUUGAGAAUUGUGUAUAGUGCAAGAAUUGUUUUUUAGGCUGGCGUUCGUUUUAGUGUUUAAUAUUUAUACAUAUACAAAAAGAAAAAACAACAACAACAAACAAACAAACAAAAAAAAACCAACCACACAUAGGGGCAUAUUUAUAUAUAUUAUAUACAUAGAUCAUAUACAAUACGCAAGAUUUAAAAAACGAAAAAUGAAAAACAUUUUUAGUCUGUAAGUAAAAAGGAAAUUUGUACAUAUUUACAACCAAUUUGCCGUAAGCAGUAAGAACAACAACAAAACCAACAACAACAAUAAUUAUAAACAAAACAA